AUGGCGCUUCUCCAGUACAUCGCUGGAAUUGUCUCCAACAAUACCCAAUGCUUAAAGACACCUGCUUCGUCUUCUCCCGCAAACAAGACCCCCAAUAUUAGCACACGUAUUCGCGAACUUAUGUCGCUACAGGAUGUGUAUAGGGUUGCCUUUGACAUAACAGCCGUCACGCAUGUCACUACGAUGAUGAUUAUUGCAGCACGGAAUCUAUGUCCCGUACUAUUUUCCCAAUGGGGGCUUAGCACAUUAACUUUUAGGGAUGUGUUCCUUCCUCCGUCGAUUUUUUCAGACAUAGGAGAAACAAAUAUGGCCACCGCUGCUCAGAACUUUCUCCAGUACGAUCAGUACGUGGGAUCCGCAGCUGCCAUUAUUUGGGCCAUGGCCCUGUGUAAAACCACUCGGAAAACUCCUAUGUCUAUCUCGCAGUGGCUGUUGUUGGCCGGUGAAGCGCUGGGUGUGACCUUACUAGCUGGCCCCUGUGGCGCUGUCAUUGCAUUGAUGUGGAAUCGGGACGAGCGAAUCAUCGGUGAUGAUGAUUUAUACAAAGCAAACGAAAGAAAAGGGCUGUUAGAGGCUGGAAGGUGUUGA